GUGAGUUAUUUAAAUCUGACUGCUACCUUCAGACAAGAUACAAAUUACUCAAGUGGUUCUCUUGAGUUUAAGGAGUCAAUUUAUUCCUUGUUUUUAGAUAAGCAUCCCAAAUUCCACAUCAUAGCCAAGGGAAAUGAAGCCGCUUGUUUAAAACAGACCUUGAGUUUCACACAGUGAUAAAGAGACCUUUGAAAAUCAUCAUCAAAACUAAACACCCCUUAAUGUUUAUCCGUUCCUCAGAAAGCUUGCCUGAGGGAAACUAAUGACCAGACAUUUUCCUUGACAUGUUUUCAUAAUAUGAAACUAGCUUUGAGGAAUUCAGUUUUCCCGACUCCUCGAGCAUGGUUAAUUUACUCCUACUGAGCAGACCGAUAUUAGACUUCCCUUAAGAUUGCUAAUCUUAAUAAUGUGGCGGUGGGUGUAGGACACCCUGGAGGCAGAAGAUGUCAGCUUUCGCUGCUCUGGAAUGUAAAGCGAGGGGAAGUUGGGCGAGAGGUACAGAGAGAGGGGCAUGGGUUUAUGGCAAAGCAUUCCCACUGGAGGAUGGUACAGACUGGCUCUGCUGGUCAAAGGUCUGCUGCUGGGGAGGGGGCACACUGUGCUCUGUUCACUGUCAUCUCAAUGGGACACUGUUUACGAGCAGACAAAGAGCGAGGAAGGUCACCGUCACACAUGCACGCAUGCCUUUGCACAGUACAGGCCGAUGCAGCCCUGUUCAGGGUGGACGUGCAUGGUGGCCUGGAGAAGGGGAUUGUUCGGGAGCAUAAGACACUGCGCUAAACGACAAGAGUCAGGAAACUAGGUUUCAUAAUUUACUGAGAGAUUGGCUGGUGAAUGACAAUCAUGGCUCAGGUGCUUCAUAUGGACCCCAGUUUUCCAGGGAAGAUUAACCCCCCGGAGCCCCCCUCCUUGCAUGGAAAGGACCCAGAGGCUCCAUACUCAGUAGAGACCCCCUAUGGCUACCGUCUGGACCUGGACUUCCUCAAGUAUGUCAAUGAUAUUGAAAAGGGCAACACUAUUAAGAAGGUGCCAGUGCAGCGGCGCCCACGUUAUGGCUCGCUUCCACGUGGCUAUGGCUACACAGGCUCCUGGUGGACCUCCACUGAGUCGCUGUGCUCCAAUACUAGCAUGGACAGCCGUCACUCAUCAUACUCCUACUGUGCGCCGGGAUUUCACAACUCACAGCGACCCAGCUUCAGCACGGCACGUGUGGAGAAGACCUUGCUGGAUGCUCGCCGCAAGCUGGAGGAGGAGAAGGAUGGCCGUCGUUUCUCAAACCUGGACAGCAUGCACAGCAGUAUGGCGGGCUCCAACACCUCCCUGUCCAGUGCCCACAGCUUCAAUCGGGCCCAGGGAGGUGGCUCCCAUACGCCAAUUAGCUCUGGCUUGUCCACACCUGUCUCACCAACGCCCGCCCAUCUGCAACACGUACGGGAGCAAAUGGCCGUUGCCCUGCGGAAGAUCCGGGAGCUGGAGGAGCAGGUGAAGACCAUCCCAGUGCUGCAAGUGAAGAUCUCCGUGCUUCAGGAGGAGAAGAGGCAGCUUAGCGUGCAACUCAAGAGCCAGAAGUUCCUGGGCCACACAAUGGGGUUCAAUCGGAGUCGUCCACGAGGAGAGCUCUACAUCGACAUACCCGAAGAGGAGACGGGAAACGGGACAGGAGCCGCGAAUAGAGCUGCAGGAAGUCUUUCACCUACCACUCCGGGUUCCCUCCAGGACUCAGGAUGUGAAAUCGAGGAGACUGUAAUUGUCGGUGGAGCUCGUCCGGGUGCAAAGCGGGAGGUACGAACUGUCGGUGUAGGGCCUGAGGUGGAAGAAAGGCCGUGCCGCCAUGUUGGAGUAGGAGUGCGAGAAGAGGACUUGGGGUUGCUGCCUGAAACUGAAGCCCUCAAGACUAAGGUGGGGCUUUUAGAAGUUCAGCUGAGGAAAACGAUGCAGGAGCUACAGAGUGCUCAGCAGCAAGUCGAAGCGGCUCAGAGAGAGAGGCAAGCUCUUUCCCCUCAGGUGGACCAUGCGGUGAGAGCUACCAGUCUCGGCUGGCAGGAGCAGCCGGGUCAGGCUGGUGGGGGCCUGCACACUGUUGUCAGUUUUACUCAGCAGCCUCAUCAGCAGAGGACCGUGGGUAUCCAAGUAUAUACACUGGAGCAGCCCACUGUGACGCUGCUAAGAGCCCAGGGUUGCACAUCUCCCAAUCAUCCGGCGGCUACACCAGAAGGACCCCACAGAAGACAUGCAGAGUCCCCAGCAGCAGAGGAAUCGCCGCGUGAGCUUCCCAUUGCAAUAAGCUCUAAGCAGGUGCGGGAGGUCUUGAAAAGUGAAGUGUCCAAAUCAAUGCCAGUGACCAACCAGGCAACUGCUAUGGAUACAAAGUGCAGCCAAGUGACUGCCAUCUCCCAACGGUUUAAAGAGGGAGAAAUUAACCAGCAACCAGCAGAAGAAGCCACCCAAAUCGAUCCAGCGAAACCAGCCUCCCCUCAGUCCACCCUGAGGUCAAUAAUGAAACGAAAGGCUGAUGGGGAACCUGGCUCUCCGUACACCAAAAAGAACCUGCAGUUCAUAGAAGUCAAUGGAGGGUAUGAGUCGACAUCCUCUGACGACAGUAGCUCGGAAAGUUCAGAUGAGAGCGAUGCAAGUGAAUACCACGAGGCUACAGAGAAACUACCAGAAUCUGCGGCACGGCAGUCUCAGGUGGCCUCCUGCAACCCUCAGUCCAUCUGUGAGACAGCAGCUGCCCAAACACCUCAGUCCAGCACUGCCCAGCCACCAGCCAAUCACACUGCAGCACAGCAAAGCACCAGCCAAUCACAAGCCUCGGAUGCAGCUACCCAGCAACAGGUCACCCAAUCACCAGCAGCAGAGGCAGACAUACAGCACUCUGUAAACCAAUCAUCAGUGACCACCACGGCUCAUCCAGAAGGCAUCAUUCAAUCCACAGAGACCAAAUGUGUUUUCCAAGGGUGUACCUCUCAAAGCACUCUUGAACAAGACUCUGUCCAGUUAUCAUACACCAGCACUUCGGUGCAGCAAUCCAAAGCCACCGAUUCAAACGUCCGGCCAGAGGUGUCGGGCCUGACUGCUCAGCAGCCAACCACUCAUUCACAAUCCACCGGUGCCAAACUUCAGCCAGAUGUUAGCCAAUCAAAAACCACUCACCUCACCACCCAACAAGGAGCAACACAGUCACAAUCUACUGAUGCCUCAGCAAAACAGGAUAUAGCCAUAUCCUCCGCCAUGGAUCCAGCCGCUGAUAGAAGCACCACCCCCUCUAACAAACAAACAAGCAGACUGGUAUUGAGUGGCAGCCUCAUUGCGGCGCUCCACACCUUGCAGAAGGCACUCAGUGAACCAAAUGCAUUCAGCCAUCAAAAUGCAAGGACAGCCUACACCACGGUUCUGCAGGAGUGGCUCAAAGUGUCCUGUCAUAAGGCUGCUGACACUGCAGUAGUCAAAGCGUACAUGGACACCUUCGCCUCCAUUUCCCCCCAGCUACUGGAGUUUGUCAUCAACAUAGCUGACGGCAAUGGAAACACAGCUCUGCACUACACGGUCUCUCACUCCAACUUCCCUGUAGUCAAGCUACUGCUGGAUACUGGUCUCUGUAAUGCUGACAAGCAGAACAAGGCUGGUUACACAGCAAUCAUGUUGACAGCUCUGGCUGCCUUCAGUUCUGACAGUGACCUUCAAACCGUCCUACAGCUGCUCAGCACGGGCGACGUCAACGCCAAAGCCAGCCAGGCAGGGCAGACGGCACUGAUGCUGGCGGUCAGUCAUGGCAGAGGGGACAUGGUGAAAGCUCUGCUGUCCUGUGGUGCUCAGGUGAACCUGCGUGAUGAUGACGGCUCCACAGCGCUCAUGUGUGCCUGUGAGCACGGACACGUGGACAUUGUGCGCCAGCUGCUGUCUGUGCCGGGCUGUGAUGCUACACUCACUGAUAAUGACGGCAGCACAGCUCUCUCCAUAGCACUGGAGGCCAGUCAGAAUGACAUUGCCGUGCUUCUCUAUGCGCACCUCAAUUUUGCCAAGCCACCUUCCCCUGUGUCACCAAAGUCUCCAAUUCUGGGAUCUUCCCCUCCCUCCUCUGAACUGAAGUAAACGGAUGUCAUGAAUCUGAUGCCACCUCCUCCAGCAAACGAAACGAUCCUUGUCCAUUCCACGGUCUGUGUGUGAGUUUUCAUGUGUUAGUGUACAUGUGUACAGCAUGUAUACCCACAAGUUAGCAUGUAACAUUUUUAGAAAUAUAAAAAAUGUGCACUCUUAAAAUAAUUAGCACUUGACACCAUUGGUCCUUAUAUGUUGUUUUCUGUUCCUUUUUUAGCAUUUUCCAUUGUAGCAAAGAAAAAAGGGUGAGAUUCAAAUAAGACUAACAACAAGCGUGUAGCAGCAAUAUCAUUCAUCUAGCGGUCCAUUUGUAAAAGAAGUGUUACCUUAUACAAAGUGCAUUUACUUUUAACAAUCCAGCAAUAUUUAGCAUUCAAAUCAUCCAGUUAUAGUCAUACAGCAACUUAUUACAUUUAUAAGAGCGUUGUGUAAACAACAACAACAACAUGUAUUUUAAUCAAGUGUCCUUUCAUGGUUUUUACUAUUAUUAGUCUAAUAAGAAAACAUAUUCUGAGUUUCCACACCAGCUGUUUUCAGAGCAAUGUUUGAUAGCCUUUACAUUGUGAUUUUCAGUACAGUAUAUUUGAUCAUACAGUGCAGGUCUCACCCUACAAUGGGAAACAUAGUGGUGCAGUUACUUUUCUAGGGGAUUUGUAAUGCUAUAUUUUACAGGUAAUACACUUAGGCUGAUAUUUUGGCAUUUUUACUAAAAGAAUUCACAUUGUGCGAUGUCAUCCUGCUUUAGAUAGUGUUUAUAUUCAAUUUGUGGGUUUGUGUCAGUUAUCUGGCUGUACAGGUUCUCAUUAUCCUAAUGGAUAGCAUUGCCCCCACAGAUUUGUUCACAGCCGGUGCAGUAUUAUGGUCUCUUGAUAUUGUACUUUGUUUACUCUGAUUUGUGGAGGACUGCAAGGUUUUGUCAUUUUUGCUCAUUUAAAAACUUGUAUUGAAGGUUUAGUGAACAAGGGCUCUCCAAAGAUAUUAUAGAUGAGCAUAAAAUGGGUUUUCAAGAAUGAAUGAAUUUUUUUUUUUUUUAUCUCUCAGUUUUCUUGCAUAUUGCCAGUUGCAAUCAAACAUAGCCAGAGAAGGAAAUAUGAAGGUACGUAAUUUUCUUGUUGGAUGAGAACAGAUGUUGUCUAGUGAUAUGCACACAUUGGUACUGGCAUGUGUUAACUGAGCACCGGUUGAUUUUGUUUCUUUUGCUCAGUCGCUGGUGGUUUUAGGGUCCAGAAUGUGGGGGAGAGGCUUGGUAUUGUCUAUGACGAAUGUAUAAUGUUUUCCAAAAUGAAAAUAAUAUAUAUCAUCUCCAAAGUUUAAGUGCAAAGACUAUAGAAUUUUUUUUAGCUUUUUUUUUUAAACACAAGAUGUUGGAUUUGAACAUUUUAAAUGGAAGAGCUUUGUUUCAUUUGAAAGAUAGAUUGAAAUGUUUUGGUUUACCCACUUUGUACACAUGCUUUCUUAUAACUAGUUUAGUACCUUAUUCGUUUUAUACUGUUUUGUAUUUGUUUUAUUUAACACUCUUUGAAUAUCUUUAAAAUUGUAAUAUCUGUUCACAGCUUUGUAUAUCUUUUGGCACAUGUGCUGGCCAUGAACCUUUAUGUAAAGUGUUCACAUUUAAAUGUGUCUGUUUGUUUCCCUCGUUUUUGGAAAAAAAAAAUAAAUUUAGAUUUUAGAAUGAA